AUGGCGCCAAUGACGCUGGAGGAUGGAGCCCAGCCCAUGGUGGUCCCGGCAGGCGUCGCGAUGGUGAGCAUCUUUGGCUUGGUCUUCACCGUGUCGGCCUUCGCGUGGAUCUGCUGCCAGCGGAAAAACACCAAAGGCCAGAAGACUCCCCCCUACAAGUUUGUGCACAUGCUCAAAGGAGUCGACAUCUAUCCGGAAAGCCUCGGCGGCAAGAAGAAGUUUGCCUCCCCCGCCGGCGCCGCAAUGAAGGAAGCCAGUAAAAUAGACGUUAACGGGAACUGCCACACCGCCGCCGUGCCCACGGGCAGUCCCAGAUCGAGUCCCGGCGACUCCAGAUCGACGCUCCAUCUGGACCUGGAGCAAAGGGACCUGAACGGCAAUUUCCCCACUAAAUUGUUUCCCCAGCACAAGGUACGCAGCUCGCCCGACUUGGAGCUGCCCUCGCCGCAGGCGGGCUUCACCCAGCCCGCCGUGAUAGACGCCCCCUCGCCUUCUAGCGCUAUCUCCAGCCAGGCCCCGACCCCGGCUGUCGACGAUAGGGACGGGAGGCUCGGUACCCUCCACUUUGCUCUUGAGUACCAACCGGAGAAAAAGGCCUUCAUCGUCCAUAUUAAGGAAGCCCACGGCCUGAGCCCGACCGAUGAGCAGUCCAUGACUUCCGACCCCUACAUCAAGCUGACCCUGCUGCCGGAGAAGAAGCAUCGGGUGAAGACCAGAGUGCUGAGGAAGACUCUGGACCCGACUUUUGACGAAACCUUCAGCUUCUACGGCAUCCCGCUGGCCAGAGUGUCGGAACUGGCUCUGCAGUUCAUGGUGCUCAGCUUCGAUCGAUUUUCCCGGGACGAGAUCAUCGGCGAGACUCUGGUCCCGCUGUCGGGAAUCGACUUGUCCGAAGGCCGCGUACUGAUGAGCCGGGAGAUCAUCAAAAAGAACGUCAAGAAGUCGUCGGGCCGAGGGGAGCUGCUGCUCUCCUUGUGUUAUCAGUCCACUACAAACACUCUGACCGUGGUGGUCCUCAAAGCCCGCCACCUGCCCAAGAAUGACAACCACAGACCCACAGAUCCGUAUGUCAAAGUCAACCUAUACCACGGAAAGAAGCGGGUGUGCAAGAAGAAGACCCACGUGAAGAAAUGCGCCCCCAACCCCGUCUUUAACGAGCUCUUCACCUUUGACCUACCCUCCGACGAGGGCCUGAGAGACACCGGCGUGGAGCUGCUGCUGAUGGACUCGGACGCGGGCGACGCCCGCAGCCCCAAGCCGGUCCUCGGGCGCCUGCUCUUGGGCACGACGGCGGCGGGCACCGCGGGCGAGCACUGGCGGGAGAUCUGCGAGCACCCGCGCCGCCAGAUCGCCAAGUGGCACGCUAUGUCUGAGGACUGA